AUGUCGCACGCAGAAAAUAAAUUGCCUGAAUUUAAAAGCCUUGUCAAAGGCAGCCAUGAGACUUGUGAAGCCUAUUAUGCCUGUCUAACUACCAACGAGUUUGGUUCAACAUAUCUGGAUCCAGUGAAAUGCAAGGCCAAAAACUUUGAUCCAAGAAAAGCAACUAAAGAACAAGAAGAAAGAAUCCUUUUAAUUGUGGAAAGAUUUAACAAAAUCAAAGAAGAAAAAGGAUUUCGUGUUGCACAGGAAGAAUUGGGUGCUGCUCUAGUCUACUCUAAUACUUUACCGAAGCCAAUCCUUAAACCAGAUCCAGAAGUUACACGCUCGGAUAAUCCUUCAAUUGACAAAGCGAUUCAACUCAUUGGCCAUAAAAUCAAAUUUUACGAUACCGAUUUUAAGGUUAUUGCAGUCAAAAUAACUAAAGAUGGUAUUUUUUUAGAUGUAGAAGAAAAUGUAGAGGGAGAAUUGAUUCAACAUGAAAUUGGUUAUGAAAAUGAUGUAGUUCCCUUAUGA